UGGAACUGACAAAUUAACACCGCCCCACACCUCCUUUUAUAUUGUCACCUCACUACCAAACACCCAUCUUAAAUCUCAAACUAAAAAAAACAUCAUAAGCUGUAACUCAGUCCUUUAGAUAACUCUCAACUUCUUUGCAGAAUUCCAUCAAACACUUGGUGUGCAAUGGCCGAUGACAAUGCCGUUACCAUCUACAGCAACAGCGCCAUCACCGACACCAACAAGAAGAAGAAUUCAUUCACUAUCAAAGUUGGGCUGGCCCAGAUGCUUCGUGGUGGCGCGAUUGUCGAGGUCUCUGACCCUGAUCAAGCCAAGAUCGCUGAAUCUGCUGGAGCUUGUUGUAUUAUUGUUAAUGAGAUUGUCGAAUCGGGUAUUUCUCGGAUGCCUGAUCCGUCUUUAGUGAAGGAGAUUAAAAGGGUUGUUUCGAUUCCUGUGAUGGCGAAGGCCCGUGUUGGGCAUUUUGUGGAAGCGCAGAUUCUUGAAGCUGUUGAGGUUGAUUAUAUUGAUGAAAGUGAAGUUCUUGCUGUUGCUGAUGAGAAUCAUUUCGUGAAUAAGCAUAAUUUCCGUGUUCCGUUUGUUUGUGGGUGUAGAGAUUUGGGAGAGGCGUUGAGGAGAGUGCGAGAAGGGGCUGCUAUGAUUAGGACUCAAGGGGAUAUCAGUAAGUUGGGGGACAUUGUUACAACAGUUGGUAAUGUGAGGAAAGUGAUGGGGGACAUUAGGGUUUUGUCUAAUAUGGAUGAUGAUGAGGUUUUUGCGUUUUCAAAGAAAAUUGGUGCUCCUUAUGAUAUCGUGGCCCAAACUAAGCAAAUGGGCAGGCUUCCUGUUGUGCAUUUUGCUGCUGGGGGGAUUUCUACUCCUGCGGAUGCUGCGUUAAUGAUGCAGUUGGGAUGUGAUGGUGUUUUUGUUGGACCGGAGGUUUUUAGUUGUGCUGAUCCGUAUAAGAAAGUGAGGGCAAUUGUGCAAGCUGUUAGGAACUACAGUGAUCCGCGGGUGCUGGCAGAGGUCAGUUCGGGGUUCAAUGAAGCAAUGUCUAGGUUUAAUCUUGAUGAGAAUAGUGUGGAACAAUUUGGCACUAGGUUUAAUCUUGAUGAGAAUAGUGCGGAACAAUUUGGCACUAGGGGUACUUAUUAGUUGGAAGUUCUUGUUUUGUUCCUUUUGUUUCAAGUGUGUGUAUGAGAGUUUGUGUUCAGUCAACUUAAGUGUGUAGUCUGUCUUGUUUUUGUAUGCCAAAUGCAGUUAUAUGAAUAUAAAUGAUAAAUAAAUGUUUAUGAGCUA